CUGACCUGGUUGUGGUUGUUGUCUUGGUCCUGACCUGGUUGUGGUUGUUGUCUUGGUCCUGACCUGGUUGUGAUUUUGACCUGCAGUUCUGCGGGACAUGAAGAGGGACAGAGACCUGGAGCAGAUCCUUAACCAGUACACCACGUUCGUCAAGCCAGCCUUCGAGGAGUUCUGUUUACCUACCAAGAAAUAUGCAGAUGUGAUUAUUCCUAGAGGAGUUGACAACAUGGUGGCCAUCAACCUCAUCGUGCAGCACAUCCAGGACAUCCUGAAUGGGGACCUCUGUAAGUGGCAGCAUGGAGGAGUGGUGAACGGGCACAGCCGUGGCUUCAAGCGGGCCUUCUCGGAGCAGGGGGACCUGGACAACGCCACCUCCAACCUUCCCCUAGGGAAGAGGGUCCUACCGGAGCCGAGCAGUCGCCCCCACUGAGGCAGCCAUCUCUGUGCGUGUUUACUCUGACUGACAGUCUACUUCUAUAUACACUUUCCUAAUAUUGAGUUGCACCCCCUUUUGCUCUCAGAACAGCCUCAAUUCAUUGGAGCAUGGACUCUACA